UCUGCACAGACUGAUAUGCUCCUCUCUUUUUUCCUUAUUUGGUGCAGAGUUGCCUCUUGAUGAUGCUGCACCGGGAGAAAGUCCUCAGAUGUCAGAGAUGAGCGGUCUGUUCGUGGUGAAGCCGGAAAGUGUCACCGCUACAAAAGGGAAGGACAUCACCUUUGUGGCCAAAGUCGACUCCUCCACUCUGACUAGGAAGCCCGUGAUGAAGUGGCUGAAGGGGAAGUGGCUGGACUUGUCUAGCAAAGCAGGGAAACACCUGCAGUUCAAGGAGUCCUACGACAGGAACACCAAGGUCUACACUUACCAGAUGAGCAUCAUCAAAGUGGUGGAUGGAGACGCAGGUGGCUACCGCUGCGAGGUCGCCGCCAAAGACAAGUGUGACAGCUGCACAUUUGAAGUCUCCGUGCAGGCGGCACAGGAGGACCAGCCGGACAACAUCCUGGAGGCCUUUAAACGAUCAGGAGAUGGAGACGAGGAUGCGGGUGAGCUGGACUUCAGCGUGUUGCUUAAGAAACGCAAGGAGAAGAAGCUGGGGGAGCCAAAGGAGGAGGUAGACGUAUGGGAGAUCCUGAAGGCGGCCAAGCCUUGUGAUUACGAGAAGAUUGCCUUUCAGUACGGCAUCACAGACCUGAGGGGCAUGCUGAAGAUGCUGAAGAAGAUGAAGGCCGAGUCCAAGAAAAGUGACGCCUUCCUGACCAAGCUGGACUCAGCCUACUCCGUGGACAAAGGCAAGAAGAUCCAGCUUUCUGUGGAAGUGGCCGACCCCACAGCUGAAAUAAAGUGGCUGAAAAACGGACAGGAAAUCAAACCGUCAGCUAAGUAUGUGUUUGAGAGCGUGGGCAACAAGCGGACCCUCACCAUCAACAAGUGCAACCUGUCUGAUGACGCGGCGUACGAGUGCGUUAUCGGGGAGGAGAGGUGCUUCACGGAGGUUUUUGUUAAAGAGCCUCCGGUCAGCAUCACCAAGCUGCUGGAUGACGUCCACACGGUGGUGGGGGAGAAGGUGGAGUUUGAGGUGGAGGUGUCAGAGGAAGGAGCCAGCGUUAAAUGGAUGAAAGACGGAGUUGAGCUGAACCGCGAUACAGCGGGUUCCAAAUACAGGUUCAAGAAAGACGGGAAGAAGCACGUUUUAAUCAUAACUGAAGCAACUAAAGAGGACAUGGGGACGUACCACGUCUUCACCAGCGGCGGAGAGUCCAAGGCCGAGCUGGAGGUUGAAGAAAAGGAGCUUGAGGUUCUGCAGAGCAUUGCUGACCUCACGCUGAAAGCGGCGGAGCAGGCUGUGUUCAAAUGUGAAGUGUCUGAUGAAAAUGUGACGGGAAAGUGGUUGAAGGAUGGUGUUGAAGUUCAGCCCAGCGAUCGCAUCAAAAUAGCCCACAUUGGCAGGAUCCACAAGCUGACGAUUGAUGACGUGAAGCCUUCAGAUGCAGGAGAUUAUACCUUCGUCCCAGAUGGCUACGCUCUUUCUCUGUCUGCCAAGCUCAACUUUCUAGAGAUCAAGAUUGAAUAUGUUCCCAGACAAGAUCCUCCUAAAAUCCACCUGGACGCCAGCGGCAGCGGCAACAAGAACGUCAUCACGGUGGUGGCCGGGAACAAACUCCGCUUCAACGUUGAGGUCAGCGGGGAGCCGGCGCCCGCCGUGUGCUGGAUGAGAGGAGACCAGGCGGUCUCUGAGGCCGAGGGACGGGUCCGCGUGGAGACGAGGAAGACGGUGAGCAGCUUUGUGAUCGAGGGGGCAGAGAGAGCAGAUGAGGGUCCCUACACCAUCACCGUGGCCAACCCUGCCGGAGAGGACAAGGCUGAGCUCUUUGUCAAGAUCGUGGAUGUGCCGGACCCUCCUGAGAACGUCAAGUGCACAUCAGUCAGCGAGGACUCUGCCUUCAUCGCAUGGGAGCCUCCCUCAUUUGAUGGUGGAGUUCCUGUUAAAGGCUAUCUGAUGGAGAGAAAGAAGGUCACUUCGUCCAGGUGGACCAGACUAAACUUUGACGUUUACGAGUCAACCACAUACGAGGCGAGGAAGAUGAUCGAGGGCGUCUUUUACGAGAUGAGAGUGUUUGCAGUCAACGGCAUCGGCAUUUCUCAGCCCAGCGGCAGCUCCAAGCCCUUCAUGCCCAUCGCCCCCACCAGCGAGCCCACUCGUCUCGCCGUGGAAGACGUGACCGACUCUACCUGCGCACUCAAGUGGCGACCUCCAGAAAAGAUCGGAGCGGGCGGCAUCGAUGGCUACAUCAUUGAGUACUGCACAGAAGGAAGUGACCGUUGGCUUCAGGCCAACGAGGAACCGGUGGGAACCAACCAGUACAGGGUGAAGGGUCUCCCUGUUGGGGAGAAGAUGUUGUUCAGGGUGUUUGCAGUUAACGUCGCGGGUCGCAGCCCCCCCGCCACCCUGUCCCAGGCCGUCACCAUCAGGGAGAUUGUUGAAAAUCCAAAGAUUAGAGUCCCACGCAACCUGAGAUCUAAGCUGAUCACAACUGUGGGAGAGAAGGUGAACCUGGUAAUCCCUUUCCAGGGAAAACCUCGGCCCAUGGUGACCUGGUUCAAAGACGGCGCUCUCCUGGAGGACAGAAGCGUGGGGACUCGCACCAGCGAGGUGGACAGCAUCCUGUUCAUCCGCAGCGCAGAGAGAAGACACUCAGGAACGUACACGCUGUCUGUGCAGAUCGACAACAUGGCCGACAGCGCAGACAUUAACAUCCAGGUCGUAGACAAGCCCGGCCCGCCCGUCAGCGUGCACGUCACCGACGUGUGGGGCUUCAACGCCGCGCUGGACUGGAAGCCCCCCAAAGACGAUGGCAACUGUGAGAUUAUGGGCUACACCAUUCAGAAAUGUGACCUGAAGACUAAGGAGUGGUUCACGGUCUGUGAGCACCACCGCCGGCCCAGCUGCACCGUGUCCGACCUGGUCAUGGGCAACGAGUACUCCUUCCGAGUGUUCAGCGAGAACAUCUGUGGCCUCAGCGACGAUCCUGGAAACAGCAAGAACACCGCUGUCAUCGGCAAAACAGGUCUGAUCUAUCAGCCCAAAGCCUACAAGGAGAAGGACAUGAGCCGCUCCCCCAAAUUCACCGCUCCUCUGGUGGACAGAAGCGUCAUCGCCGGCUACACCACCGCCAUCAGCUGCGCCGUCCGCGGAAACCCCAAGCCAAAGAUCAUGUGGAUGAAGAACAACAUGACCAUCGAAGGAGACCCCAAGUUCCUGAUGCAGAACCACCAGGGGGUUCUGACUCUGAACAUCCGUAAGGCCAGCCUGUUCGACGGGGGCCGCUACUCCUGCAGGGCCGUCAACGAGCUGGGGGCCGACGAGGUGGAGUGCAGGCUGGAGGUUCGAGUUCUGCAGGAGAAGGCAGAAGAGACGAAGAAAUGAGCGGCGUGAGGCGGCGUGAGGCGGCGUGAGGCGGCGUGAGGCGGCGUGAGGCGGCGUGAGGCGCCGGAGGACGCGGCCCAACAGAAACAGCAAAUGGAUUAUGUAUAACAGGGAAGUCAUGAAUAAAUAUGACCAGAAUAUAAAACCAAACCUCCA